AUGGGGGAGAAGCCCGGCACCAGGGUCUUCAAGAAGUCCAGCCCUAACUGCAAGCUCACUGUGUACCUGGGCAAGCGGGACUUUGUAGAUCACCUGGACAAAGUGGAUCCUGUAGAUGGCGUGGUGCUUGUGGACCCCGACUACCUGAAGGACCGCAAAGUGUUUGUGACCCUCACCUGCGCCUUCCGCUAUGGCCGCGAAGACCUGGACGUGCUGGGCCUGUCCUUCCGCAAAGACCUGUUCAUCGCCACCUACCAGGCCUUCCCCCCCACGGCCAACCCGCCCCGGCCCCCCACCCGCCUGCAGGACCGGCUGCUGAGGAAGCUGGGCCAGCAUGCCCACCCCUUUUUUUUCACAAUACCCCAGAACCUGCCCUGCUCCGUCACCCUGCAGCCGGGCCCGGAGGACACAGGGAAGGCCUGUGGCGUAGACUUUGAGAUCCGAGCCUUCUGUGCCAAAUCGCUAGAAGAGAAAAGCCAUAAAAGGAACUCUGUGCGGCUGGUGAUCCGAAAGGUGCAGUUCGCCCCAGAAAAACCCGGCCCCCAGCCUUCAGCUGAAACCACACGCCACUUCCUCAUGUCUGACCGGUCCCUGCACCUUGAGGCUUCCCUGGACAAGGAGCUGUACUACCACGGGGAGCCCCUCAGCGUCAACGUUCACGUCACCAACAACUCCACCAAGACUAUCAAGAAAAUCAAAGUCUCUGUGAGACAGUAUGCUGACAUCUGCCUCUUCAGCACUGCCCAGUACAAGUGCCCCGUGGCUCAGAUCGAACAAGACGACCAGGUGUCUCCCAGUUCCACGUUCUGCAAGGUGUACACCGUCACCCCGCUGCUCAGCAACAACCGGGAGAAGCGCGGCCUGGCCCUGGACGGGAAGCUCAAGCACGAGGACACCAACCUGGCCUCCAGCACCAUCGUGAAGGAGGGUGCCAACAAGGAGGUGCUGGGGAUCCUGGUGUCGUACAGGGUCAAGGUGAAGCUGGUGGUGGCCCGCGGUGGGGACGUCUCAGUGGAGCUGCCUUUUGUUCUUAUGCACCCCAAGCCCCAUGACCACGUCAGCCCCCCCAGACCCCAGUCAGUGACUCCUGAAACAGAUGUCCCUGUGGACACCAACCUCAUUGAAUUUGAUACCAACUACGCCACGGAUGACGACAUCGUGUUUGAGGACUUCGCCCGGCUUCGGCUGAAGGGGAUGAAGGACGAGGACUACGAAGACCAGUUCUGCUAG